CGUUGUCGUGGAUACAGAUGUGAAGAAAUUGCUGAAGGUUUGGCUCUAAUUGCAACUUGUGAAGCAAAUAAAAUUAAGAUUUAUGAAGCUGGGGCUGUUCCCAUGUUGAUCGAAUGUAUGGAGGAGGGAACCACAACGGAGAAGAUGUACGCCGCAAAAGUGAUUUGGCAGCUUGCCUUUGAUGAAAGUCUGCGGGCAAAACUGGAAGAGGAUGACACGCUGAUGAACCUGCUGGAUACGCUAAGCACCGAUUCCGACAGGCUGCUUUCAGUUGCUGCCAGUGGGGCCAAGUGGGUGAUAGAAAAGCAAGCAGAGGAAAACAAGAUGUUAAAUAUAGGCACAAAAGGAAAGCAUAUCAUGAUUAGCUACCAGUGGGAUAACCAGAAGACCAUGGUGGAAGUGAAGAAACGACUGCAAAAUGCUGGCCUCAAUGUGUGGAUGGAUGUGGAGAAAAUGGCCGGAUCUACCCUGCAGGCCAUGGCCGAGGCUGUUGAAAAUGCAUAUAUUAUCAUCAUGUGCAUCUCUGCCAAGUACAAGGAGAGCCCAAGCUGCAGGACAGAGGCUGAAUACAGCUUUGAGCUGCGUAAAGACAUCAUUCCUCUCAUGAUGGACAAAAAUUACAAACCAGACGGCUGGCUGGGAGCAAUAUUAGGAUCCAAACUGUAUAUUGACUUCGGCAAGCAUGCCAACUUUGAGGACAGCUUCCAUCGGUUGAAGAAGGAACUUGGUAACCAUGUUCCAUCAAGUGGUGAUGUUGUUGAUGGUCCAGCUGUGGCCUCCACGACCAAGCAGGGGAAUGGGAAUGCUAAUGACUCUGAAGUUUUCUCGUGGACUAAAGAAGAUGUUGAAAAGUGGUUGAAAGAAAAUCAGCUGGAUUUCUGCCUCAAUCUCUUUACAGAGUAUGAUGGCCCACUGAUCUGCCAGCUGCAGCAGUUACGCCGAGAGGCUCCUGGUUUCUUCUUUAAGAGUCUGAGAAGAGAAAUGGGAUUCAACUCAAUGACUGAAAUUCUACAAUUCGUCAAUGCCCUGGAGAAGCUGAACAUCUGA